CAUCCCUGUUUAUCCAGAUUCUCUUGGAUACAGGACACCCCACUUGAUCCCCCGCAGUGGGUUCUUGCUUUUGUCGAUUUACAGCUUCAAAAAUCAAGUAAAGGCAUAAUCUUUAUCUGGGUAUUUGGUAGUAGUUCGCAAAUUCCUUCGUUUUUGUUGUGCUCUGUUUGGUGGAGAAAUGGUGGGGGCUUUAUCCGUGGUGGGUUCAUCAGUAAUGGACUCACAUACUGGUCCAUGCUUGCGUUUGGAUGCACUACCGACUACCACCAUGAGCCUCAAGACUAGUGGGGAAUUGGUUUCUCCCAGGAACUCAAUGAAGAGAAGGCCAGGGUCAAUAGAUUCAUGGCAGGGUAGAAAGCUGUCUUCAAAAAUUACAAUUUCAGGUAGGAAUUCAAGGAAGCACAAAAAAGAUCGAAAAUUUGUUGUUGUAAAUGAGUUCGGAGGACAAUAUGAAGAUAGCUUCGAAGAUGUCAAAACGCAACUACUGAACUAUUUCACAUAUAAAGCAGUGAGGACUGUGCUUAACCAGCUCUAUGAGAUGAAUCCACCAAAAUAUAGGUGGUUCUAUAAUUUUGUGGUGAUGAACAAACCUGGGGAAGGCAAGCGAUUCAUCCGCAUCCUUGGAAAGGAGAAGCAAGAUCUAGCUGAAAGAGUAAUGGUGACGCGUCUUCAUCUUUACGGAAAAUGGAUUAAGAAAUGCAAUCAUGCUGAAAUAUAUAAAGAAAUCUCAGAUGAGAACUUGGAAUUGAUGCGUGAACGGCUCACUGAGACUGUUAUAUGGCCUUCUGAUGACACAAACACAGAGAAGAUUGGCUAAGGGGAUUCAACUUCAUUGUCAGAUCUUUUCUGUUCUUUUUAUUCUUUCUCCUUCCUUCUUUCAUUAGUCUAGGUAUAUAUCCUUCAAGUUUGGUCCCAAAAGAAACCUUAAAUUGUAUACAAGGAUCAUUCCCUACCGUCUCCUAUAGCUCAAAAACAAGGGAAUUAAUGAAGCUAGGGCUUGCCUGAUUGAAUGUGGUUUUAAUCUGUGUUGAACAAAUUUGAUGAUGUUGCUUCUUUCUGUCUUGCUUGAGGUAAGGACUAAGAAAUUUCACACAUCAAAUCCUGUGGUAUGAUUGACAUUUAUGUGCAGCAUACAACAAAUUGAACUAGUAGGGAGUAAUAAAUGUACAAUUUGCAACAUAGUAGUGUCUAGGAGAAAGAUGUCGAAGAAAUGUAUUGUUUGGUUUAUAGGGGAGUAAAUGUACAAUUUUCUGUCUUGCUUUGGUUGAAGCCUUUGACAUUUCGUUUCAGCUGGCGGUGCUCAACCUGUCGCUCAUGUUGGCGAUGGAGAUGAUGAUGAUGAUGAUGACAAGCCCCCGUGCGGAGUUGGUGAGAGAGAUUAGUUUCUGUAGAAAUGAAUAUCUAGUAGUAGGAGGAUCCUUUACUACUUCUGUGUUUAUCGUAGUUAACGUUUUUAAC